CACUGCGAUGAUGGCGCUGCAGCUGAAGAACGGGGAUGCAGCGUACUACCAGAGUGCGGAAUAUUGCAGAAAUUACACUUCGCCACCCGUAAACUACGGUGACAGCAGACAUUAUCUUGCCCGUUUGCCAGGCCCAGAGACCAUGUUGAAGCCUCAUCUUAGUCUCUUCAGCCACCCCCAGCAGCCUUUUCACCACAUGGACUCUCUGCACCAGCUGAGACCUCCACCAAUGGCACCUACGCAGCCUCUUGGCCCGCCACCCCUUGCUCCUGCUCAGGCAAUUGGACCCCCUACUAUGCUACCUAACCAGAGUCUUGGGCCCCCACCUAUGUCAUCUCCGCAUGCGUUAAGACAUCCCCUUAUUCCCCCCCCACACAGCUUAGGCCCCCCUCCAAUGGCCCCAACACAGCAACUGGGGCCUCCCCAAAUGGCACACACCUUGGGUCCCCCACCUGUAGAUCACACACAAGCCAUAGUGCCUCCAAACAUGGACCUUUUACAACCGUUGGGGCCUCCACCUUUAAACCUUGCACAAGCCCUGGUGCACCCACCUGUAGUGGGGCCCGGAGCUGGACGAUUUGCCCUCCCUCCGAGCCCCAUGUCCUCACCUCCCGCAAUGGGCCCAGACCAUUCACACCUGCCCCCAAUGCCCCCACGACCAGCCCUAAUCCCAGCCCAGAUGUCCUGUCUCAUCCCUGGCCCUCUCCCGGGUCAGGCAGCCCCACCGAGCGAGCUGCCCCAGGAUGAGGGCUCUUUGCUGGGGAUGGAGGAGCAGGACGACUCUCUGGGGCUGGGGGAACUGUGCAAACCACUGUACUGUAAACUCUGCAACGUGACCCUCAACUCUGCUCAGCAGGCGCAGGCUCACUACCAGGGAAAGAACCACAAUAAGAAGUUGAGAAAUUUCUUUGCUAGCAGUCAACAGUCUCCAGCCACCAGGAUACCAGAGGUCCUCGAGGCGGCUGGCCAGACAUCCCUCAGCUCAGGAUCAAACGACAGUGACGCAGGCAGACAGGCACAGUAUAAGGGAGUGACCCGGGUCAUCUUGGCCACAGAAAAUGACUAUUGUAAGCUGUGUGACGCCUCCUUCAGUUCACUGGCAGUUGCACAGGCCCACUACCAGGGCAAAAACCACGCCAAGAAACUACGUCUCGCAGAGGCCCAACAAAACUCCAGUAACAUGGAGAGCAGCAAUGAGGCGGCCCCAAGAAGGAACAGGAAAGAGGGCAGUGAGUACAGACUGGUGAAGAACCGCCGAAGCCCACAACUACCUGCUUCUAUGCCAGGGCCUUACUACAACCCAAGACCGAGGCAGCGCAUCCCCAGGGACUUGGCCAUGUGCGUGACACCCAGCGGACAGUUCUACUGCUCCAUGUGUAACUGCGGAGCCGAGCAGGAGACCGACUUCAGGCAGCAUCUUGAGAGCAAGCAGCACAAAGCAAAAGUGUCGGAGCUAAGAUACCGCCACGAGAUGGAGAACCUUGGCUACAGCUAAGAGACACAACAUUAGAGUACUGGGGGAGAUAACAGAAAGAGAGUAGAUUGACAGAGAAUAAAUGGGAGACAAAAAGAGAAGACCAAAGUGCAGGAGAGCAAAUACUUCCCUCUGUUCAAGGGGGACAUUCAGACAAGAGAUUAGCACACAUGGCGUCAAGAUCUUUUUGCAAUUCAUUUGAUACUCUUAUACACUUAAAUCCCCAUAUUUUGCAUAAUGCUCCACAAUAUGAAGCUUUAAUGAGAUUUGAUGGAUUUAUUUGAUCCGGGUAUUACAUUUGCAAUGAUGUCUGUAUAUUGAGGCUGGCAACAUGUAUGCAGAGAACAGACAUUUAAAAACGUUCAAAGAUUUUGAUGUACAAUUCCAAAAGAAAAAAAUUGUAGGCGCUGAGUCAGAAACAGUUUGAGACACACCAACCUGUCUCAGGUCUCCUCUGAGGCUUUGAGUGGGUUGCAUUGUGACUCAGAAUGCAGGUAAAUGCAAAUGGAUUGCAAGUAAAUCUUGAGCUUAUUCAGGCUGCAGGAAAAGGACUAGGUGUGCACAGAAAGCCAACAUCCCAGGAGAGGAGGCACAUUUAGUA